AUGAUGUUCCAGUCUCCACUCAGCGACAGCAGAGCCAUAACAGUCACUGGAGGUGGAGGUCCUAAGUGCUGUGUCCAGAGAAGGGCCCUGGGAGGCUGUGAAAAGCACACCCUCACAGCAGCAGGGGCCCCCGUCUGCAGACCCCAGGGGCCUCAUCACUCUGACUGUCCGGCGGUCACUCCUACUGUCCGUCAGUCACUCCGACUGUCCGUCGGUCACUCUGACUGUCCGUCAGUCACUCUGACUGUCCGGCGGUCACUCCUACUGUCCGUCAGUCACUCCGACUGUCCGUCGGUCACUCCUACUUCACUCCUACUGUCCGUCAGUCACUCUGACUGUCCGUCGGUCACUCUGACUGUCCGUCGGUCACUCCUACUGUCCGUCAGUCACUCUGACUGUCCGUCGGUCACUCCUACUGUCCGUCAGUCACUCCUACUGUCCGUCAGUCACUCCGACUGUCCGUCGGUCACUCUGACUGUCCGGCAGUCACUCCUACUGUCCGUCAGUCACUCCGACUGUCCGUCGGUCACUCUGACUGUCCGGCAGUCACUCCUACUGUCCGUCAGUCACUCCGACUGUCCGUCGGUCACUCCUGCUGUCCGUCAGUCUCUCCGACUGUCCGUUGGUCACUCCUACUGUCCGUCAGUCACUCCGACUGUCCGUCGUCACUCCGACUGUCCGUCGGUCACUCCGACUGUCCGGCAGUCACUCUGGCUGUCCGGCAGUCACUCCUACUGUCCGUCAGUCACUCCGACUGUCCGUUGGUCACUCCUACUGUCCGUCAGUCACUCCGAUUGUCCGUCGGUCACUCUGACUGUCCGGCAGUCACUCCUACUUCACUCCGACUGUCCGUCGGUCACUCCUACUGUCCAGCAGUCACUCCUACUGUCCGUCAGUCACUCCGACUGUCCGUCAGUCACUCCGACUGUCCGUCGGUCACUCCUACUGUCCAUCAGUCACUCCUACUGUCCAUCAGUCACUCCUACUGUCCGUCAGUCACUCCUACUGUCCGUCGGUCACUCUGACUGUCCGUCGGUCACUCCUACUGUCCGUCAGUCACUCCUACUUUACUCUGACUGUCCGUCGGUCACUCCUACUGUCCGUCAGUCACUCCUACUGUCCGUCAGUCACUCCGACUGUCCGUCGGUCACUCUGACUGUCCGGCAGUCACUCCUACUGUCCGUCAGUCACUCCGACUGUCCGUCGGUCACUCUGACUGUCCGGCAGUCACUCCUACUGUCCGUCAGUCACUCCGACUGUCCGUUGGUCACUCCUACUGUCCGUCAGUCACUCCGACUGUCCGUCGGUCACUCUGACUGUCCGGCAGUCACUCCUACUGUCCGUCAGUCACUCCGACUGUCCGUCGGUCACUCCUACUUUCCGUCAGUCACUCUGACUUCACUCCUACUGUCCGGCAGUCACUCCUACUGUCCGUCAGUCACUCCUACUGUCCGGCAGUCACUCCUACUGUCCGUCAGUCACUCCGACUGUCCGUCGGUCACUCCGACUGUCUGGCAGUCACUCCUACUGUCCGUCAGUCACUCCGACUGUCCGUCGGUCACUCUGACUGUCCGUCGGUCACUCCGACUGUCCGUUGGUCACUCCUACUGUCCGUUGGUCACUCCUACUGUCCGUCGGUCACUCCGACUGUCCGUUGGUCACUCCUACUGUCCGUCAGUCACUCCGACUGUCCGUCGGUCACUCUGA